AUCAAUAGGUUUCCUCGUUCCCUGAUACACCAAAAAACUCAUUCCAGAGAUCUCUCUCUUGCCACGUCACUUCCGUGACGAGUCCUCUCUCAUCCCUUCGCUACUCUCUCUCUCUCUCUCUCUGGAGGGAAUUAUAUUACACAUUCAACUUCAAGAUGGUUAAUUUCGGGAAGAAGCUAACAGCAAAUCAAGUUGAAGAAUGGAAAGGAUUCUAUAUUGACUACAAGUUAAUGAAGAAGAAGGUUAGGCAAUAUUCACAACAGAUUCAGAGUGGAGGAAGGACUCGUCGCGAGAUCCUUAAGGAAUUCUCAAGGAUGUUAGAUGAUCAGAUAGAAAAAACUGUACUUUUUCUAUUGGAACAACAAGGGAUUCUUGCCAGCAGGAUUCAAGAACUGGGGGAGCAGCGUUCCAUUCUUUUGGAGAAUCCAGAUAUAUCUAAGAUAUCUGAACUUCGAGAACAGUAUAGGGCAGUGGGUUAUGAUCUUUUGAAGCUUCUUAGAUUCGUUGAUUUGAAUGCUACAGGCAUUCGUAAGAUAUUGAAGAAGUUUGAUAAACGUUUUGGCUAUAGAUUCAUGGAUUAUUAUUUAACAUCUCGAGCUAAUCAUCCAUACUCCCAACUGCAACAGGUCUUCAAGCAUGUGGGAAUUGGAGCUGUUGUAGGAGCCUUAUCUAGAAACCUUGCAGAUUUUCAACAUCGUCAAGGAAGCUACUUAUCUAUUUACGAUCAGCCGUCGGCUGUUCCUCAGGACCCUGUCAUUGAUCUAAUAAAGGCAUCUGUAGAUAAGCUUACACGCUCAACAAAUUUCCUUCACUUUUUGGGACAGCAUGCACUUAUUGUCCAAGAAGACAUAACUGGUGUUGUGGAAGAACAAGUUGACAAGAAAUAUCAUUUUAUGUCUCUUAUGCUGAACCUGGUGAAUACUUUCCUUUAUAUGGUCAACACAUACAUAAUUGUCCCUACUGCAGAUGAUUACUCGAUGAGUCUUGGUGCCGCUGCGACAGUUUGUGGUGUUGUAAUAGGAUCAAUGGCUGUUGCUCAAGUCUUCUCUUCAGUUUAUUUCAGUGCAUGGUCAAAUAGAUCAUACUACAGACCUCUCGUGUUCAGCAGUAUUGUGCUUAUUAUGGGAAAUCUGUUGUAUGCAUUGGCUUAUGACGUUGAAUCUUUAGCAGUUCUGAUUAUUGGUCGUCUACUGUGUGGACUGGGUUCCGCAAGGGCUGUUAACCGCCGGUACAUUAGUGAUUGUGUGCCGCAAAAAAUUCGCAUGCAAGCAUCUGCAGGUUUUGUUAGUGCCAGUGCACUUGGAAUGGCUUGCGGUCCUGCCCUUGCUGGUUUGCUGCAGACCAAUUUCAAGAUCUAUGGUCUCACAAUUAACCAAGACACAUUACCUGGCUGGGUGAUGACAGUGGCCUGGUUUUUUUAUUUGAUUUGGUUGGGGUUUUCUUUUAAGGAGCCAGUUCGUGAUACUGAUGAGAUCCAAAACCCACAGGAAACUGGUGUUGGACAUGUUGAUCAUGAGCGACUUGAAGGUGGUCUGGUACAACCGCUGCUUUUAAACUCAGAAGAGAGAAAAACUGAAGACGGUGACGAAGAAUGUGAUGAUAGUGAAGAAGCUUCUGAAGAUUCUCAUUUACCUGCAAAUUCAAUUGGUUCAGCAUAUAGAUUGCUUACACCUUCUGUGAAGGUCCAAUUGUUGAUAUAUUUCAUGCUCAAAUAUGCAAUGGAAAUUUUACUUUCUGAAUCAAGUGUCAUUACCACAUAUUACUUUAAUUGGAGUACUAGUUCAGUGGCAAUUUUCCUGGCUGUACUUGGAUUAACAGUUCUUCCUGUCAACGCAAUUGUUGGAACAUACAUCAGCAACAUGUUUGAGGACAGACAAAUCCUUCUAGCAUCUGAAAUUAUGGUGUUAUUAGGUAUACUUUCGAGCUUCCACAUUACAAAGACAUAUACGGUGCCUCAGUAUGUGACCUCAGCACUUAUUACGUUUGUAGCCGCUGAAGUGCUUGAAGGUGUUAAUCUAUCACUUUUAUCGGAAGUUAUGUCAUCUCGGCUAGCACGUGGAACUUUUAAUGGUGGCCUCCUCUCAACUGAGGCCGGAACACUGGCUCGUGUAGUUGCAGACUGUACAAUUACCUUAGCUGGGUAUUUGGGAGUGAGCAAGCUCCUAAAUGUCACCCUACUUCCUUCUCUAGUCAUUUGUGUAGCCUCCAUUGCCGCCACCAUCCUCACCUUCAAUUCUCUUUUCUAAUUAUUUUUCAGUUAGUAAUAUUGCGUUCCUUUUCUUCUGGGUGCGUAUAGCAGAAUGCUAUUCAUUGAUUUGUUGAUUCAUGUAAUCGAAUAAGUUGCAGUUUGAGUAGCCUGUCCCUCUUAGGAAUUUCUGCUGGAAAAUUUGAACGGCAAGCAUUUAUAGUCAUCGGAAGUGUAUAUAAACUAUGAACACCACGUACAUGUUAGCUGGUAUAGUAGGCUCUCUGUGUUUUGUCGGUUUUUAUUUAUUCACAAAGUGUGGUUUUAUGUAUUAAUCAAUUAGCGCCCUUAUGAUUA